UUGUCAGGACAGCCUGACCUCAACAGCCGUCAAUCGGGUUCGAUUCAGUUCAGUUUUUAUCAGUGGGACCCUUAGCGUUAUAGUGUUGACAAAGCCUUUUCAGAUAAGCAUUACCUUAUCCGGACUCUUCUUUGUAUAUUGCAAUCCAUUCACGAACAAGACCAAAACAAACUUUUGACGCCUGAUUCUCUGAAGUCUGUUAUUCAACUAUAUCUUGGUCCAACAACUGGUUUCUCCAUUCCAACUGUAAUCAAACUCAUAGGGUUCAGCAUGAGUUUCCUGCAGCGUACAUCAGCAAAGCAAUCUUGCUCCUUCUUUGAGAACUGCUAUAGAAGUUUAUUUCUUGGACCUUGUAAAUGUUGGAGCUGCACCAGCCAAUAACCAAGGUUACUAUGGAUUAUUACAAUUGGAUCCUGGUUUGAUAAUUAAAGAUCAGAAAUCUCCUCCCACAACAAAGAUGGCCACCAUCAGCACAAGAAGGAGGUGUGUAGGUGCUCCUGUAGCUAUAUUUUGAAGGGUGCAUGUGACUAACCCAUCUCAGAACUUUUCAUCAGCCCUGGCAUCUCAGGAGCCUAGUAGCAUUGGAUUGUCGCUGAUUCCAGACACCCUGAAGGGGCCAUGAGACUAGCAGGUCCCCUUCGUGUCGUUGUGAUCGUCUUGACAGCAGGACUGACCUGGAUCCUUGUCAGUGUCUUGUUGGGUACCCAGAGUGGCUUCUCUCGCCUGCAGCAGCUCCUCAAGAGUCCCGAGACUCCUCCCACAUCAGAACCCAGGCCCAAAAAGUACAAGUGUGGCCUUCCUCGGGCCUGCCCAGAGAACUCGUUGGCCUUCCGGAUUAUGAGUGGUGCAGCUAAUGUCAUUGGGCCCAAGAUCUGCCUUGAGGAUAAAAUGCUAAUGAGCAGCGUGAAGAACAAUGUAGGCCGGGGCCUGAACAUUGCACUGGUGAAUGGAGUGAAUGGAGAACUGAUUGAUGCCAAGUACUUUGACAUGUGGGCAGGAGAUGUAAAUGAGCUGUUAAAAUUCAUCCGACCAUUGCAUGAGGGGACGCUGGUGUUUGUGGCCUCUUACGAUGAUCCUGCCACAAAGAUGAAUGAGGAGACCCGCAAAAUCUUCUCAGAACUGGGCAGCAGGAUUGCUAAGGACCUAGCCUUUCGAGACAGCUGGGUCUUUGUAGGAGCCAAAGGAGUGCAGGACAAGAGUCCUUUUGAGCAGCAUGUCAAGAACAGCAAGAGCUCCAACAAGUAUGAAGGCUGGCCUGAAGCACUUGAGAUGGAGGGCUGCGUCCCACAGCGAACUGCUGAGGUCCAUUGAGGACCUGUCUCCUCGGAGCUUCCAGUGUCCCUGUGGUGGGGGAGAGGCCUCUGCCUGUUCACCUAUUGUUGUCUUCCCAUAUGGUGGCAGCUGUCCAUUCUCUCUAUGGCAGCCUCUUCUGUCUCAACUAGGUAGUCAAGCUUUUACCUGGCCCAGACCCUAGGAAGUGGGAUAUUGUGAGACUAUACCUCUGGACCAGCUUCCAAUCCUCCCCUAGUGCCUUAUUUCUCUCCUGGGUGGAAGAGUACAUCCUACUUGUCCCUUUCCCUAUAGCUCUGAAUUUGUGAGAAAAUUGGUACCCACUGCUGAGAUAUUGGCUCAGGAACUGUGCUCAGAGGAAGCGAGUGUAUUUAUGUGACAGUCUUUCUGAUCUGCAAACACAGUGGGGAACCUGUGGCCCUCCAGAUGUUGUUGGAUUUCAACUCCCAUGAGCCCUAGCUAGCACUGCCAGUGGUCAGGGGCGAUGGGAGUUGUAGUUCAACAACGUUUGGUGGGCCAUAGGUUCCUCGUCCCUGUGUUAAAGGCACCACUCCUUUUCUCUAAUAGUUUAUAUGGCUCAGGUGUAAGACCUCUGCCACCAUGAACACUGACAUACAGUGGGAGGGGGAUUAAGGUCAAUCCUUUUUUAUAAAAAGAUUGAGUCCUUUUCAAUCUUUUUUGGUAAAACUGAAACAUGCCAAGUUGCUGUUUACUGAAAGACAAUUUUGGUGCUUGAAAUGUGAAAGGGUGAGGGUUCAUAUUUCUUCAUACAUUGUUGUGAAGGGGAAUCAAAGCGAAAAUUCGUUUUUCAGAACCCUUGUUGCUCAAUGGCAUCUCCAAUAAACAAUGAGCACAAUG